CAGAUGCGCGCCAUCCACGCCAUACUGCAGCAGUUCAAGGGCAACUACGCACCCAUAAUCAGGGUGCAAAAGCAGGGAACCCUUCUCGCUCGGGCCCUAGCCCAACCCUGAAGUAGCGCCAGGCUUGAAUCGUCCCUAACAGUCAUAUUUAUUUGGCACAAUAUUAUUUGCUUACUACAUGCACAGCCUGGGUGGCACUCAUCUUCUUUAUUUACGUAGGAGUGCGCAUGCACGCGCACUACCCAUGUAUUUAAUGCGCUAGAAGCCUACAACGGUUAAAAUCUGCGUGCUGGGCUAGCCGCCGCGAGCCCGGCGGCUUGCGGGGGGAGGAAUGGCCCCGCUGUGCGCAGUUUGUGGCAAGCCCGAUGAUGCCGUUGGGCCUGAUGACAUCAGCCUAGGCCAGUUGAGGCAGUGCUGCUUCCUGACUAAGGACUGUGGUGCGAAAUGCCCAAAACUUUUCCAUUCGGUUUGCGCUGGGGUCAGCGCCGAGCACGGGCUGGUGUUCUGCGGCCAGCGGCGCAUGCAGGGCGGCAUAAGCAAGGUGCACACCAGCAAGCAAUAUGUUCGGCAGCUCAACACGGACCCGGCCUGGGCCAACGUGAAGCAGUACAUCUCUAGCGGCUACACAUUCCAGGGGCUGCGCUUCAAGCCCGACUGCGUUAAAGAAGAGAAGCGCUUCGUGCGCAAGCGCACCUCGGAAGUCAUCGUGGGCACCAAAGGCCGGCGCAACCUCGUGCGCUACACGUUCGAAGAUGGAGAGGAGGAGUUUCGCUUCCGCAAGGCACUGGGCAACCUAAACAACCAGGGCAAGAUCCUUGACGGCCGCAGGAACAACCGCGGCCGCCCCCGUGGCGCCAGCACCGCUGGCGGCGAUCGAGAGAGCAAGCGUCAGCGGACGGGCGACGCGGCCCCGGGGCAGGUGUCUGAGGCGGCGAGUGCAGCGCAUGAGGCCACGGCGGAGGAUGCAGAUGCCCAGGUCGACACAGUGCGUGAUGAGCUGGAGCAGCUCGACAAGCGCCACGAUGAGGCGCGGGCAGCCGGCGCUGCCGCGGCUGCUGAGCAUCAGGCGGCGCUGGAGGCGGCCCAGCAGCAGCUGGCCGACCUGCAGCAGCAGCUGGAGGGCGCUCGCGAGGAGGCGGCGGCCGCUUCGGCUGCUGCUGCCGAGGCAGCUCAGGCGGCUGACAGGGCGGCUGCAUCGGAGCUGGCGGAGGCUAAGCGGGCAGCUGAGGCAGCAGCAAAGGAGUCACAGAUGUCGAAGCGGGAGCUUGCUGCGACACGCCGCGCUAUGGAGGUAGACAAGGAAGCAGCUGCAGCACAGGCCGCUGCGCUGCGCGCUGAGCUGGCUGCCCUGCAAGAGGAACUGCAGCAGCAGCAGGGCAAGGCAGCCGCGGCCGCGGCCAAAGCAUUGCAGGAGCAGCAGGCGGAGCGAAAGGCAGCACAGCAGCAGCUGGAGUCAGCGCGUGCGGAGGCGGCUGCCGCUGCGACGGCAGCCAAGGCCGCUGCCGCGACCGCUGCUGGCGAGCUGGCAGCGGCCCGCAAAUCUGCCAAGGCUGAGGCGGCAAAGAAAGAGGCGGAGGUAGAUGCGCUGCGCACACAGCUGGCCGCCCUGCAAGCGGAGCUGCAGCAGCAGCAGGGCAAGGCGGCCGCGGCCGCGGCCAAAGCAUUGCAGGAGCAGCAGGCGGAGCGAAAGGCAGCACAGCAGCAGCUGGAGUCAGCGCGUGCGGAGGCGGCUGCCGCUGCAACGGCGGCCAAGGCCGCUGCCGCGACCGCUGCUGGCGAGCUGGCAGCGGCCCGCAAAUCUGCCAAGGCUGAGGCGGCAAAGAAAGAGGCGGAGGUAGAUGCGCUGCGCACACAGCUGGCUGCCCUGCAAGAGGAACUGCAGCAGCAGCAGGGCAAGGCAGCCGCGGCCGCGGCCAAAGCAUUGCAGGAGCAGCAGGCGGAGCGAAAGGCAGCACAGCAGCAGCUGGAGUCAGCGCGUGCGGAGGCUGCUGCCGCUGCGACGGCAGCCAAGGCCGCUGCCGCGACCGCUGCUGGCGAGCUGGCAGCGGCCCGCAAAUCUGCCAAGGCUGAGGCGGCAAAGAAAGAGGCGGAGGUAGAUGCGCUGCGCACACAGCUGGCCGCCCUGCAAGCGGAGCUGCAGCAGCAGCAGGGCAAGGCGGCCGCGGCCGCGGCCAAAGCAUUGCAGGAGCAGCAGGCGGAGCGAAAGGCAGCACAGCAGCAGCUGGAGUCAGCGCGUGCGGAGGCUGCUGCCGCUGCGACGGCGGCCAAGGCCGCUGCCGCGACCGCUGCUGGCGAGCUGGCAGCGGCCCGCAAAUCUGCCAAGGCUGAGGCGGCAAAGAAAGAGGCGGAGGUAGAUGCGCUGCGCACACAGCUGGCCGCCCUGCAAGCGGAGCUGCAGCAGCAGCAGGGCAAGGCGGCCGCGGCCGCGGCCAAAGCAUUGCAGGAGCAGCAGGCGGAGCGAAAGGCAGCACAGCAGCAGCUGGAGUCAGCGCGUGCGGAGGCUGCUGCCGCUGCGACGGCGGCUAAGGCCGCCGCCGCGACCACAGAGGAGUUGAAGCGACAGCUGGUGGACGUACGUGCGGGUGCGGCUGCAGCCGAGCAGCAGCGCUCUGGGCUGGCAGCCGCCGCUGACGCUCUUACCGCGCAGGUGGCACAGCUGCAACGGGAGGCGCAGCAGCAGCAGGAGGAGGCUGCGGCGGCUGCAGCCGCAGCAGCUGCAGCGGCUGGGGACGCCGAACGGUUGCUUGCGGAGCUGCGGGCGCAACUGCAGGCCGCAGGGGCCGAGCAAGCCGCUGCUCAUCAGGCCCGUGUGCAUGAGCUAGAGGCACAGGUGCAGGAGUUGCAGCAGCGGCUGGACAGCGCGGAAGCGCGGCUGCAACAACAACUGGCACAGGCGCGGGAGGCGGCGUUGCAGCAGCAGGCAGCGGCUGCAUCUGUCGCGGCGCAGCAGGAGGCGGCGGCAGCAGCUGCUGACGCGGCGCACCGGGAGCCUGAGACAGCAGCGGCGCACUCGGCGGAGGUCGCUCAGCUGCAGCAGCAGCUCGACGGCCUACGGGCUGAGCUUGCCGCCACGCAAUCCGGGGAGGCGCAGCAGCAAGCAGCUGCAGAUGCCACAGCGCAGCAGCUCGCACAGGCGCGCGCUGCCGCCGCGGCGGCACAAGCCGAGGUCGAGUCGCUGCGCGCGGACCUGGCAUCGGCAAAACGCGCUACUGAGGCGGCGAUCCGGAUGGGGCAGGCUGGGGGCGCAGAGCUCCGGCAAGAGAUCCAGGCUACUGCCGCCGCCGGUCAGGAGCAGGGCGCACAGGUGGCCGCCCUACGUGCUCAAUUGGCUGCCAGUCAGGAGAGCGCUUCGGGAGCGAUGGCAACAUCAGCGGCCGCUAGGGCUGCCGCUCAGGCGGCUAAGGAGUUGGCAGACGCGGCAGCAGCCGCAACGGCUGCACACGCCGCGCGCGUGGCGGUGUUGGAGGAGCAGGCAGCGGCGCGCUCGGCGGAGGUUGCUUCACUGCAGCAGCAGCUCGACGGUGUGCGGACUGAGCUUGCCGCUGCGGCCACGAUGGGGCAGGGACUGGAGGCGCAGUCUGGUGCGGCGGACCUUCGGCAGCAGCUGCAGCAGGCGCAGGCAACCAUUGCGUCGCGCUCUGCGGCGAUAGCACAGCUGCAGACGGCGCUGCAGCAGGCUCGGUCGGAGCUCACGUCCAAUUCCAAUAUGGUAAAGGUCUUGCAGGCGGAAGCCACCGGGCUCCAUCGGCGGGUGGCGGCAGCGCAGGCCGAGGCACGACGCGCUGUGGAGGUGGAGCGGGAGCUGCAGCGACAGCUAGCAAGCCAGGCUCAGGAGGCCGCAGCGAGCCGCACCGAGUUCGAGCAGCGGCUUGCAGCAGAGAACGCGUCGGUGCGGGAGAACUGCGAGGCAGAGCUGAGGGCUGUUUGUCACGCCGUGGCGGCUUUAAAUAGGAAUGCGGCCACACCUUGCGAGCAACUGUUGCAGUCGACGCGGGCUCGGGUGGCGGAGCUUGAGGCCGAGGUGCGGCAGCUGCGGUCGCAGCUGCAGUCCAAUGCCCUGAAGCUGGUGCAGACGCUGUGCCCCCAGCUGCAGGCAGCGGGGCUCAUACAGCCGGCCGCAGGGGCGGAGCUGGAAGCAGCCGCGGGGGCCGCGGCGUUGCCAGCAGCCGCGCCCGUGAUGGGCCUCCCGGACCGGCCACCCGCCACUGCUGCUGCCGGUGCCAGCGCAGGCGGGGCACCGCUGGCGGUGCCGCUGGCGGCGGUGGCGCCGCCGCUGCAGAGUCGCCACCAUGCCGGCAGCACAUACCAGUGCCGGGGCUGGGGGAUGCCAGAGCAGGCUGCUGUGGCGCAAGCUGCCGCAGCUGCGGCGGCGACGGCCAGGGGGGUGCCCGCAGCAGGGCAGCAUGAGCUGGAGGAGCAGGUGAGGCGCGCAAGUCAAAGGCUCCAUGCGCAACUCAUGGCCCAUGGCGGUGGCCUGCAGCAACAGCAACAACACCAGCAGCUGCAACAACAACCGCAGCAGCAACAACAACAGCAGCAGCUGCUACAUGCCAUGGGACCGCCAGCGCCACAGCUGCAGCUGCGCCCACUCCAACCACAACAGCAGGCCUGGCGAGCUCUGGGGCGCCAGCAGGAGCAGCAGCAGCAGUGGCAGCAGCAGCGGCUGCAACAGCAGCAGCCCAACCAGUUGUAAGCGUGUGUCAGGCGGUGGCAGUGCCCUAGACCUGUGCCACCCAACGCAGCAGCCUGAGUGUGUGGCCUCUGUACCUGUCAGCCGGCGCGUGUCCAUGAUGUGUCGGUCUGAGUCGACCUGACAACGUUAACAGAGCUGAGGGAAAAGCAAACGGCAGCGGCAUCAUAUUCAUAGCAUGUGGAUGCAGCAAACAGUUGCAGGCUAGUAGUAGGACCGCAGUGUAACUCGAACCUGCCUGUAUUGAUAUGCCUGAUUGUGUGCAGCGGCAACAUCGUGCUGGCAUUGUUUGAGGAGCGGUGUGAGAAGCAGGAAUUGUUGCAAGAAUGUCGAGGGUCCCGAAACUCCCAUGCGGUUUGUGCGUGUUGUGGUGCUAGCUUCGGGAGCUUUGAGUUGGAAUUGGACUAGUUGUUGUGUCGGAAGGUCCACAACAAAUAGCGGCUGACAGAAUCUUGCCUGUAGGUUAGAUGUGCGUCCUGUUGUGAUAUGGCGGGGCGCGCGCACUCACAUGCUCAUAGCACCACAGCCCACAGGGCAUUGGCACGGGGCAUCUGUCUUGGGCUUCCUUGACGCAGCGAGUCAGGCAGUGGGCCACAGAGCAGUGCUCGGGUUCCAGUUGAGCAAAGGGCAUAUGUAGAUGCCAGUCACGGUACUGGGUGUGGUGCCAUACAGCAACUGGACGAUGGCGCUCAUUAUUCGUUUGUUGUAUUGAUGGUGAGAGUUGACAACGGUUAUGAAGCGCGAGACUCGAACUAAGGGAGCGCGUCAGGGGCGAGGGGCAAGCCGAGAGGCUUGCGGGCUGGUGCACUUGGACUCAGUAAAGCGGGAGACUGGAGUGAGGCUGGUACGCUUGGACUCAGUAAAGCGCGAAACUGGAACCCAUGGCCAUACAGGCAGCUCUGGUUAUUCCCUCUCGAAUGAUUUAGCAGGGCUCGUAUCUUGAUCUUUCUGAAAGGACACGGCCCCCAAUCCGACCCGCUGAAAGAUGCCGGGCGCUUGUGCUUACCCUGCUCCUCUGUACUUGGCUGGCACCUACCCGACACAUGCUGCUUGUGACGACAGUUGCUGCGGCAGUGGUGUGCUGGCCUGUGUUAAUAAGACCCUGGCGAAGCAAGCGCGGCCACGUCAGGCUGCCAACGUCUCACGCCCACGUUUGGCCGGGUAGGCGCACGAACCGUAGUUUGGGGUAGAAGGCGCAUGUCUGAAAUGUAACGAAGCUACCGGUAAC